CAAGACAAUUCUGAAAUAGUAACUAACAGCAGCAGCAAGGUGUAGAGCGCAAAACGAUGGAGAUAGAUCGCGCCAAUACAAAGCCUAGCGAUCUGUUGAAGAAGAUCAGAGCGAUCACUCGAGCGAUACUCGAGGAUCUGUGCAAUGGAAGGUCGCCAUUGAUCUUCAUCGAUCGCUUCCGAAAUUACUGCACCGAUGUUACUAGCCGCUGUGAUUGCAAGUCUGAUUCUUCAAAGGGACAGGAAAUUGUUGGUAUGCAAAGAGAAUGCCAUGUACAUAGACUAGAUGUUAUGCUUAGGGUACUGCUCAUUAUUCAGAAACUUCUACAGGAAGGCAGGCAUGGAUCAAAAAGAGACAUUUAUUACAUGCACCCUUCUGCUUUUCAGGAACAAGCAGUUGUAGACCGAGCAAUCAAUGAUAUCUGUAUCCUGUUGCAAUGCAGUCGCCACAACCUGAACGUGGUGUCCGUUGCUAAAGGAUUAGUGAUGGGGUGGCUGAGGUUCAUAGAAGGUGGAAGGAAGGUCGAUUGCAUCAGCAGUCCCAACAAUGCCUAUCCUAUCCCAGUAGAUGUUGAAGAAGUUAAAGAUGUGGUUACUGUUGCAGACUACAUAUUGGUUGUUGAGAAGGAAUCAGUGUUUCAACGACUUGCCAAUGAUGAGUUCUGCAACAAAAAUCGUUGUAUCGUGAUUACUGGACGAGGCUAUCCGGAUGUUCCUACAAGAAGGUUUUUGAGACUUCUAACAGAAAAACUGCGGUUGCCUACCUAUUGCUUGGUAGAUUGUGAUCCAUAUGGAUUUGACAUCUUGACCACAUACAAAUUUGGUUCUAUGCAGCAAAUGGCAUAUGAUGUGAAAUUUCUACGAGUUCCAGAGAUCCAAUGGCUGGGUGCUUUUCCUUCAGAUUCAGAUAAAUACGAUCUUCCAAAGCAGUGCUUGUUUCCCUUAACCAAAGAAGACAAGACGAGAACCGAAUCAAUGCUGCUUAGAUGCUAUUUACAACGCGAAGUGCCACAUUGGAGGUUGGAGCUGGAGAAGCUGCUGGAAAGAGGAGUUAAGUUUGAGAUUGAAGCACUUUCAGUCCAUUCACUAUCAUUCUUAACAGAUGAGUAUAUACCCUCCAAAAUCCAUUGUGGAAUGUUCAUAUGACACUGUAACAUUUAAAAUGAUAUGGGAUAAUAGAAAGCAAGAAGAGAUAUGAAAGGAAUGACCUAAUCCUUUAGAUGAAAGACUAGGAGAAAUCCUCCAUAGCCUGACAUAAGUUUUACACUCUUCAUAUUCAUUCAUUUCAUUUCAUAAUGCUAAAAUAGUUCAAGCAGAUGACGACCAGAUAUUUCCUUAUAAUCAAUGUUGUACCCUGAGUGUAGUACUUAGCAACAAAUUUGCUAUCAUAAUAUCUGGUUCAAUAGAACCAUUGUUUCGAGUCUAG